AUGGCAAAUCAGCCCAGCAACCCAAAAGAAGUGGCGACCUUAUUAAACAACAUCGGCACGCUGGGCGCCUCCUUCUCUCUCGACAAUGACCAGCAACGUCUCGAUCUCUUGAAACAGGCUCGUCAACUGGUUCAGGCUCUGGAUACGCCUAGAGAGAUCAUGAUAAAGCACUUGUGGGCACAGCCCGCCACUGGGUGCGCCAUCGCUUCUGGAGUUGAGUCAGGCCUCUUCGACUUCAUGGCCCGGAACCCAGGGCCCAAGACCAUAGCUCAGCUCGCGGCAGAACUCGACUUUGACAAAGAUCUUCUGGCACGUUCGAUGCGGCACCUGGCGUCGACAGGAUACCUGUACGAGACCGGCGUGGACGAGUACGAGACGAACCACUUUUCAAAGUCGCUGACCCUUCCUAUCAUCGGCAGCGCCUACUCCUGCGUAGUCGGCGGCGUCUGGCCUACCUUUUGCAACUUCCCCACGUACCUCAAGAAGAACGGGCGGAAAAUCACACCAGAGGUAGGACCUCUACAAGAUGCCAUCGGCAGCAACAAGGACUUCUUCACGCAUAUCAUGGAAAAAUACCCCGCCGGCGAGUUCCAGCAGUUCAUGAAAGGGUACGGUCAAGGACGGAGACUCUGGAUGGACCCCGAUUUCUACCCUGUAGCCGACCACCUCAUCGAUGGCGCAGAUACUACCUCACCGGGCGCGGCAUUCAUCGUCGACAUUGGCGGCGGUAUCGGUCACGAUCUAGACGAGUUCUGUCGUAAACAGCCUUCUGCGCCGGGACGGCAUAUUCUCCAGGACCUCCCUCAUGUCCUCUCUCAGGCGCAAGUCCAGGACUUGGAUCCCAAGGUUGAGCUUAUGCCGUAUGAUUUCCACACCGAACAGCCCGUCAAGGGCGCGAGGGCGUAUCACUUCCACUCUGUGCUGCACGACUGGACGGACGAGGUCUGCGAGAGUAUCCUUGGGCAGGUCAAGGCUGCGAUGAGGCCUGGGUAUAGUCGACUACUAAUCAAUGAGAACGUGAUACCCUCUAGGGGCGCAGAUUGGCAGGUUACGGCGCUCGAUAUGGUUAUGAUGACUGUUUUUGCGUCGAGGGAGAGGACGGAGGAGGCUGCUGGGUUGAGGAUCGUCAAGAUCUGGUCCAGGGGGGAGGGGUCUGAGUCGCUCAUUGAGUGUGAGUUGGCAUGA